AUUACGAAAGGGGAAGGGAUAUUGAGAUUUGAUGGCAGCAAUCCAUCCCCUUCUCAGGGUUCGCAAUUCAAAGUGCCAGCAACGAUUCACACACAACAAAUCUCUCUCUGGCGCGCGCUCUCCAUCUGGACACCUUCUUACUCUCUCGCAAAAACACGAAACCCAUACAAAUUUUGUCGCUUUUACCACGUCUCUCUCUUCUCUCCCCCUUUUUCUUUCGAUGAAUCUUUCCAAUCCUUAAACUUCGUUUUUUCCAUAGUCAAUGAUAUCAAGACCCGCCACUCCAAAUUUCUUUCCUGUUAGCGUUCUUCCCAAAAGGUUCCAUGGUGGUUACUUCCGUAAGAAAUUCACCGCCGCAGCAUAGCCCGAUUAACCGGGUUUUGAUUGUGGGAAACUAUUGCCACGAUGUUCUGAUACAGGACGGCUCCGCCGUGGCCGAAACACUCGGCGGUGCCGUCGCUUUUAUCGCCAACGUGCUCAAUGGUCUCUCUGUUUCGUCCAGUUUAACCUCGAAAGUCGGGAAGGAUUUCAAGUACGCGGUUAAUAAUGUCCCAAUCGUGAUACCCACUUCAAGAACGACGGUUUUCGAGGCGUAUUUCGAUCUGGGUUUGGUCGGAAAUGGGCACCAAGAUCGGGUCCUUAAACGAGUCUGCGCGUGCGACCCGAUUGCGCCUGUGGAUCUUCCGGAGGGGAGGUUCGAUUUCGGGAUGGCCGUCGGCGUGGGCGGUGAGAUUCUACCCGAGACGCUUGAGAGAAUGGUUGAGAUUUGCGAUGUGGUGUUUGUUGAUAUUCAGGCUCUGAUUCGAGUUUUUGAUGAAGAUGACGGUACAGUGAAGCUUCUCGGGUUGAAGGAAAGCGGGUUCUAUCAUCUCUUGCCGCGAAUUGGAUUCUUGAAAGCGUCCUCCGACGAGGCUCUGUUCCUGAAUGUUGAGGAGGUAAGGAGGCUGUGUUGUGUUGUGGUGACGAACGGGAAGGAAGGAUGCAAGUUGUUUUCCAAGGACGGGGAAUUGCAGAUUGCGCCAUUCGAGGCCAACCAAGUGGAUCCAACGGGUGCUGGAGAUAGUUUUCUCGGCGGGUUUGUGGCGGGUCUGGUGCAGGGUUUAGCCGUGCCCGACGCUGCAUUGUUGGGGAAUCUCUUUGGUUCGCUUACUGUUGAACAGAUUGGACUGCCCAAGUUUGAUUUCAAAUUUUUUCAGCAGAUGAUUAAGGAUGAGGUGCAGAGAAGGAAGGCACAAUGCAUAUGCUUUGGAGAAAGAAGAUAUGAUGAGUUAAAGCUUAAGGAGUUAGUAGGUCAUGAACAGUUCCACACUUCUCUUGGUGCAGCAAAGCUAAAAUCCUCAUGCUCCGACCAAGAUUGCCAGUGGGAUACACCACCAUCUUCGAAAGCAGUAGAGCAGGGUACACUUCCACAGUUCAUUGGGCAGCCAAAACGCUUAAUCAACCCAGUUUAUGAGGAACCAAUCCGCACAGUUGAUGGCAAACAGUAACACGUUUAGAAUUGUAACGCAGUCUUCCUCUCUUUUCAUUUUGUUCUUUAUGUAAUAAAUAAGUUACAGCCCCAGAAUAGGAAAUCAUAGGCAGAUUCAAGAAGCCUGAGAAGCCUGCUAAUCAUAGUUACCUCUCCCUUCUCUUGUAUACAAGCAAAAAGAUAGAAGCCAGAAGAAGCCUGCUGAUUAUUGAUUUGCAGGGCAGCAGCUUACAGAUAUAACGAACUAAUAUGAGCACCUUCGGAGUUGUCUCCGAAUAGAUAGGUUAUAGUGACAAAUCGAAAACGGGAAGAGUAGUCGUGUGGAGAGAUUUGUGGGAGAUAGGUUUAAGUAACGUGGGUAUGUCAGAAAUUGACAAUGUUAUUUAUGGGUUUAAUGGAAUCAAUCACUUUUGCGUUGUUUGGUCAGUAAAUAAUAUGAGAAAUCAGUGCAGGCGGAAUGUCUUUAUGCUGCUA